AUGUCAAGCAAUAUUCUAGCUGUGUUCAAUCCUCCACCUCAGCGCACAUUAAACCAUGAAGAAACUAUGGACUGUGUGCCUUGUCAGGUAAUGAGCACCAUGUUCGCUGUUGGAUUUGGUGGGUACCUCGCUGCUGGACAACCAUUCAAAUUUAGUGAGCGAGAGCGGUUAAAAGGUUUGACGUUGGAGGAAUUUCAAAAACGCAAUCCAAAAUGGUGGGUAAAUGGCUUGCGUGGUUUUGGCGGUGCACUUGUAAUAUUUGGGCUAGUGCGAGGUACGGAAGGCUGGCUCUGGAACCCAAGAAAGGAGUAUAAAAAAUUCUGA